UACCAAGGGCAGAAUCAAAUGUCUAAUCAUAGGCAGAGCAGCAGCUGAGAGUCCAGAAGAACGGUGAAGGCUGGGCUUGACAGUCUCAACUCCUGUGUGUGUGUGAACUCCAAGGAGAAAGUGAGCAGAGGGCCUUGUGGGGACUGGAGAGUGGUAGUGUGAGUUGUGAAUAUGGGAAUAGAAGAUUCUGCCUGUUAAGAACUGGACCCUGUACUGAAGUUGUGAAGACAAAAUAUCUAAAGCACAGAAAUCAUGGGAGCUGAAGAAGAAAUGCUCAUCACUCUGUCUGGAGGUGCCCCCUGGGGCUUCCGCCUGCAAGGGGGUUCAGAGCAGAAAAGACCCCUUCAAGUGUCAAAGAUUCGAAAGAGAAGCAAAGCAUGCCGUGGAGGCCUGUGGGAAAAUGAUGUUCUAGUAUCUAUCAAUGGGAAGUCAUGUGCUGGCCUGUCCCAUGCUAAUGCCAUGCAGAUCAUCGAUUCGUCCAAUGGCAUGCUCAACAUCCGCGUGAAAAGGAUAGUUGGUGGGGACCAGACUGGUCCAAGGCUCCAGCAUUCCCCUUCUCCAGGGCAGCAUGUGCUCUCUCCACCAUCCCUGCUCAGCCCCCCGGCACAGUUACUCAGCUCUGAACCAGCAGGAGCCCCAGCCACUGCACGGCCCUCACAGCCACGGAGGUCACAGAGGCACCUGGAGAGCCUCACGUCCCCACCGGACAGUGAGGCCUACUAUGGUGAGACAGACAGUGAUGCUGACAACGUGGCACAGGAGAAGCACCGCCGGGCUCGCAAGAAGAGCCCACGCUCGCCACCUGACAGCACCACCAGCAGGGCAGAUGCACCUCAGGACGAGGUGUCCCUGUCCGAACAGAGUGGCUACGAGAGCAUGCCGGAGGCUGCUGCGCAGGGGGGAGCAGAGCUGGCCAGCUCCAGCGCGGUGGCCAAGAGGGAGAUUGUCUGCCUGCCUGGCAGUCGCACAGACACUCCAUUCUCAGACAGCGAGGGACAGUUGCGGCCACCGUCAACAGAGGGACGGGAGCCUUCUCCAGAGGCGAUGCUCCUGCCCCAUGCCACCAAGGCUAUUCAAGCGGAACGCCAUCUCAUCCCCAUGGUGGGGCCAGUGGAACAUCCGGUUGAUGAAGACCUAACCACCACGUAUGCAGAGAAAGCCAAGCAGGCCAAGCUCCACCGUCACGAGAGCAUCCAGGAGAAGAACGUGAAAGAAGCCAAAACCAAGUGCAGAACCAUUGCAUCCCUGCUGACAGAUGCACCCAACCCCCACUCCAAGGGGGUGCUGAUGUUUAAGAAACGCAGGCAGAGGGCUAAGAAGUAUACACUGGUAAGCUUUGGCAGUGUUGAUGAAGACCGCUCCUACGAGGAGGAAGACGGAGUUUUUCCAACUAGUGAAUCUGAAUUUGAUGAGGAAGGUUUCUCUGAUGCCCGAAGCCUAACUAAUCACUCAGACUGGGACAACACUUACCUAGACAUUGAAAAGUACAAAUCUGACUCUGAACAGAAGGAAAAGAAGCAAAAAGGUUUGAGUGAAGCCUCAGGUAAAGGAGCACGAUUAUUUGAGCAGCAGAGGGAACGGGCUGGGAAGUACAUAGUUGAGAAAACUCCAGUGCAGAAGAGCCCAGAGCUUGCCCCAGCUGCCCAGCCAAAGCAGGGCACAGUGAACAGAGAUAUGCCUGUGCCAGAGAAGGCAGACAACAUGCCCCUCAGCAUCCACCUGGAAGGUGUGCAAGUGCCCAGCAAGCAACCAGCCACUGUCCCCACUCAGCUCCUGACUGCCCCCAGCCCCACUUUCUUCCCGCCUCCCCCAAGCACCCCUGACCCCUUCUCUGCAAGUUCAACAAGCAUGUUCAACAGGUCUGCCCGGCCCUUUACUCCUGGCUUUUCUGGCCAACGGCCAGCAACAUCCUCUGUCAUCUUUAGGCCAUCUGCACCCAAAAAACCCACUGAAAGUCUGGGUGGACAAAGCACAGUGGUUCCCCCUUUCUCACCUCUGGCUCCAGGAGCACCUGCCAAUGCACCAGUGCCAACACAGCGUGGUCCAGUCAGCUCCUCCACAUCUCUGUAUAUUCCUGCACCAGGAAGACCAACAUCACCACUGGAGUCACAGCCAAAAGGGGGAGGAAGUGCUCCAGAGAUUAAACCUUCUGCCAAUACUUCCCGGACAUCCACCACCUCUAUCUUUCUGUCAACUCCCUCAAAGCCAGGAGGGGAUAUGGCCUCCACAGCAUCCCAGCCACGAGUCCCUGGAACAGCCUCUUCUUCAUUGUAUAUUAGUCCAGCACCAUCACAGCACAUGAGAAGCAGUUCCCCUGUGCCAAAACAGCCUUCUCCUGCCAUCACUCCAGCAAUACCACGACCUCCUUCUGAGCCCUUAACAUCCAGGGAGCAGAGGAUUGCUGUGCCAGCUCCCCGCACAGGCAUCCUGCAGGAGGCUCGCCGACGGGGCAACAAGAAACCCAUGUUCAGUAAGAUUGAGGAGAAGAAGAAGAAUUCGCCCAACCCUGAGCUCCUGUCUCUGGUGCAGAACCUGGAUGAGAAGCCAAAAGGUGACCAUCCUGGGGCAGGCUUUGAGUCUGGGCCUGAGGAGGAUUUCCUCAGCCUCGGUGCUGAGGCCUGCAACUUCCUGCAGUCCUCGGGCCGCAAGUUCAAGACCCCACCUCCAGUGGCUCCCAAGCCUCAGCAAGAUUCUGGAUUGGUAAAUGGGGCCCAGGACAUGCCUCAGCUUAAAGGCAAGGGGGCAGAGCUCUUUGCCAAACGCCAGAGCCGCAUGGACAAAUUUGUGGUGGAAACAACACCAAAGCCAGAGUACCAGCCCAGGACCCCCUCUCCAUCCCCUUCUCUACCCUCAUGCUGGAAAUACUCUCCCAACAUCCGGGCUCCCCCUCCAAUAGCUUACAACCCAAUGCAUUCCCCUUUCUAUCCCCUGGCAGCCAGCAAAUCUCAGGCUAGCAAAGCAGAAAGCAAAGUGAAAAAGGCACCUGGCCAGAAAUCAGGGAUAAAGGUUAUUGAUUUAAUGCGCCACCAGCCCUAUCAGUUAAAGUCAGCCAUGUUCUGUUUUGGGGAUCCCCCAAGCUCCAGCACUCAGAAUACUCCUGGUCAGCCAACCCUGCAGGCUAGCUCAUCCUUCAUGGCAGCCAAGCAGGUCCCUGUGAAAAUAGCCAAGACCCAGGAGAUUCGUCGCUUCUCCACUCCGGCUCCCAUGCCAGCCUCAAGCAGCCUGGCACCCACUGUGCUUGUGCCCCGCUCAGCCACCACGCUGGAUGAGCCGUUGUGGAGAACAGAAAUGGCCUCUUCUGCCCCUGCUACACCGGCACCCUUCCAGGUGGAGCUCAGCCCCUCCCCUAAGCCAUAUCAGAGCUCUCCAGAGCCUGGACAGGUGGGACCUUCUCCAAACUCAGCCUCUGCCUCUCGGUUUCAGGUGGCCAGGCCCAAAUUCUCGGCAGCAAGAACAGGGAUGCAGGCCAAUGUGUGGAGGCCAAGUUUUGGCCAUCACUGAGGCAGGCACCCCUCCCAUCCUGUCUGUGGCCCCGCAGAGAUAGCGCUUGUUUUGUCUUUCAUGUCAGCUCAGUACAUUGGGAUGAGUGACACAAAAUGAAGAAAAAAACCUCAAAAAAUUACUGCCUUUCUGCACCACCCCCUUUCCCAGCCUUCCCUUGGUCUCAGAUGGGAUACUUCAUGAAAAGGCUUAGUGGCUGUGGCUACAGCAGGAGGAAGAAUGUGAAGAGAGGGCAUCCGUGUGGUACACAAAGACUGAGAACUUGUACACAGCAACAAAACACACCUCCAGAGGGGGUGAAUGGCAGGGGUUGUCUCACAUGGAGACACACAGGAAGCAGUAGUUUUCCUUUUCCAAGGGCUUUGGAGUCACCCCUGAAUGGAAGGAAAUUAGGAGACAAGAGCUUUCCAGGAAGAAAGGGCGAGAGAUGGGUUUACAGGACAGAAGCCCCAGCUUUCCCAUUAGACUGCUCUUCUCUGAUCCUCCCAAUCUGUACACGUUCACUUGUGUGCACACACACAUGCACACAGCAACACUCAGCAGGGAGUGAAAGGACAAGUGGGGCUUCACCUGGGACAUUUCUCCCAGACUUCCCUCUGUGGGGGCAUGGGAAAGAAAGCAAGAGAGCAGAGUGAGCAGGGGUGUUUGCCCAUGCACAUGUGGGCAGUGUGCCCAGCAGCCAAGAGUGGCCAUGUGUGCCUGUUCCUCCAGUCACAUGGGCUGGGGGUAACAGGAGAGUCAUCCUAGCUGCUACUAAAUACCACUAUCAGGUCUGGAAGUAGUUUUCCAAAGAGGGGCUUUGAGGAGACUUGGUGGGGCUAUUACCAGCUGUGGGAACUGCAGAAGGAAGUGUCCAUUUUUGAGGAUACAGAAAGUCAAAGCUAAGCUCAGACAGUAGCACAAAGAAAGGCCCUGCAGCAUUAGUUCCACUGAACAGGAUAUGGAUGCUGUAAGUACAAAGGUGGAUUGCAUGGGAGAAGGUACAGUUGGCUUUAAAAGGAGGCAGGACUGAAUAUGCAUUUGCACAUGAUCUUUUUGUUUCGUUUAGGAUGGAUGUGGGGCUAGAUUAGAAAUGGGUCAUGGCAUAAAACUUGCUUUGUGAUGAGUGGAAAACGGAGGGCCUUUAAAGACAUUCUCAGCAUGGAAGUGGAGGUCAGGAAAA